AUGGAAGUCACCGUGAAAUGCUUUCUCCCCCACCCACCUCACUUCAGCCCAGCUGAGCACAACCAGGAGAGAAGUGUUUGGUACGUGCACAGGGACUCUAUGAUCAAGCACCGGGCCCAGAAAGCUCCCCCUGGGCAACACAGGCACUGUGAGCGAUGUUUCAGCCGGCACUGCCGCACACCCAUUGAGAUCUCCGUGUCCUGCAUGGUGAUCAGCUGCCACCUCCACUGCGGGGCCACCUUCCACAUGUGCAAGGAGGAGGAGCACAAAUUGCUCUGCCCCUUAGAGCAGGUGUCCUGCCUCAACUCAGCCUAUGGCUGCCCUUUCUCCAUGGCCCGCUUUAAGCUGGGGAAGCACCUCCAGGUCUGUCCAGCCAGUGUUGUCUGCUGCUCCAUGGAGUGGAACCGCUGGCCAAACGUGGAUUCAGACACAACGCUGCACAAGAAUAUUAUGAAAGAGACCUUGAAUGAAGAAUGUCUGGACACAGCUUUGGCACUCAGAGACCAGAAGAUACUUUUCAGGGCUUUGAAAAUAGCUGAAUUAUUUCCAGAGUGGAGGAAAAAGGAUGAACCGGAAGAACUAAUGGAUCAAGCCAUGGGUGGGGAAGCAGGUGCUGUGGGAGGAGCUGCCUGUGGUUCCCAAGAGGGCAAUGACCAGUCUGAGCUCAGCCAACGUGAGCGGGAAGAUUUGGCAAAGGACAAAGAGGGAAUGGAUCUGGGGAGUUACAAAACAUGGGAGAACAUUUUCAGCAAAGAGCUUCUGGCUUGCCAGGUAACAGGCUCAGCAACCAGCACAGGACAAAAGACAGAGGAGGCUUCCAAGAAAACAGCAUCAGCCUCUCGUGCUGCCAGCUCCACAGAGAAGGCAAAGGAAGGACCUGAUGGUGCAGAAGAGGGAAAGGGCCAAAAGUCUGAACAAGUAACACCGAGUAGAGAACUGAAUGGACUGGCUCCCUGGCAAGAAGGGGUCCUGGAGAGGCUGAAGAAGGAAGUCGGUGUAGCGGAUUACAACAUGUAUCUGGUACAUCACGGGGGAAUGCUCAUCCGCUUCGGCCAGAUGGCUGCUUGCACUCCCAGAGAAAAGGACUUUGUCUAUGGGAACUUGGAAGCCCAGGAGGUGAAGACUGUCUACACCUUCAAAGUGCCAGUUAGUUACUGUGGCAAAAGAGCACGACUAGGAGAUGCACUGGGCCACAAGAUGCCAACUUCAGACAAGUCAGUGGAUACCUCAGAAUUGGGAAUAAACAUAGAAGAACUACCUAAGACAAAUAUAGUUGAAGCCACACUGCUGUGUGCUCUGGAAAAAGAGCUGAAAGGCCAUGAGAUCUCUGAAGCAAGAGGUAUCGAUGGACUCUUUGUGGAUUUUGCAACACAGACAUACAGCUUUCCUUUGGAGCCCUUCUCCUCCAGCGCAGUUCUAGCAGAUAUUCUGGAUGAAAACAGCCCACCAGAACUGCACAUGGAGCUCUACACUGAAUGUGUAACCAGAAGACACAAUAAAAGCAGUUCAGCUUUCACAUUCACUUGCAGUCAUUUCUUUAGGAGGGAUGAGUUCCCAUUCCACUUCAAAAACGUGCACGCUGAUAUCCAGUCAUGCCUGGACAGAUGGUUCCAGCAUCGCUGCCCACUGGCCUACUUGGGAUGUCCUUUUGUCCAAAAUCACUUCCGCCCCGAGGGACUUAAGGCCAAGGUUAUUUACAGCAAGCCUCUCAAGACAUUUGCUAUUAAGCCAGAGGUGGACACCCUUCUUGCUGAACCGGGCAAGUGCAAUUUCAUAGUGGAUAGCAGAGGGAGAAACAAAGACUUGCUGAGCAGCCUCCCAGUGGAAGUGCUCAAGUACAUUGCAGGAUUCCUGGACAGCUUCAGUUUAUCUCAGCUAUCACAAGUGUCAGUGCUCAUGAGGGACAUCUGUGCCACUCUUCUUCAAGAGAGGGGAAUGGUCCUGCUGGUCUGGGAGAAAAAAAGAUAUUCCCAUGGUGGUACUUCUUGGAGAGCUCGUAAAAAGAUCUGGCAGUUCAGCAGCCUGUUCUCCAGAGUUCACAACUGGCAGCACAGCGACGUCCCGAGCAUGUCGGAGCACCUGAGGAAUUGUCCCUUCUACCAGGUGGAGCACAGGACAGACCCCGUGCUGCUGACGGGCAUGAGCGAAUCUCGGGAGCAGACUCGAAAGACUUUGGUCUCUACUUUCAAGCACAGAGUGUGAACAACUUGCUUCCCCUCUGACAUGCUCCCUUCAGGGCUCUGAGAUGAAGAUUUGGGGAUUCAGGUGUAAAGAUUGUUGCUUCCAACUCUCCUUUGGACGUACAAAAUUGGCUUCUCCCCAACUGCGUUUGAAACCUCUGCAUUUUUUUACCCCGCAUUAAAUUGUUAAAGCUUCAACCACUGCUUACUAACAUCACGUGCUUUCUGUUUUCUGUUCCUGGUUUAAUACAGCAUCCUGAAGAAAGCAAUGAGGAUCUUAUUUGAAAACAGCAUUUUUACAUCCUUGAAGGUAGGCUGCUGCUCCUGUACCAUGUGCCUGAGAGAAGCAAGAGCAGUUAAUGUACUUAGCUCAAAUAGAUCUGAAACACCUUCAUUUUGUCUGGAAAGCCAAAUUCUUGGAGCACAAGUAGAUGUCAUCCUGCCUGGCAGACCUAGGGACUGCUAACCUGCUCUGAGACGUGGGCAAAAGAAAAGGACACCCCAAAAUUACAUGAAUUAAUUAGAACUCCAGUGAGAACUUGGGAAUUCACUGCGCAGCCACAGACCAUCAUUUAGAACCCUGACUAAGG